AUGGCCUUGAAAAAGCUUUGGAAGGAUUUCCCUGGGUUGCUGUUGAAGCAAGCGCUAUGGGCAUGUGCUAGAUUGACUACCUCUGAAGAGUUCAAAAGAAAAAUGAAUGACUUAAAGGAGAUUUCUGAACCAGCAUAUAAUUGGUUGAUGAAAAAGGCACCCACAGAAUGGUCGAAAUCACAUUUUAAGACUUCAGUAAAGUGUGAUAUGCUUCUUAACAAUCUGUGUGAGAGCUUCAAUUCAACAAUCUUGGAUAGCAGGGACAAAAUGAUCAUCACUCUUUUAGAAUCAAUACAUUUUUGGUUAAUGGGAAGGAUGUGCAAGAAAAGACAAAGUGUCUCUAAAUGGAAUUAUUCAGUUGGAAAGAGGAUCUUUGACAUCAUUGAGAAGAACAAAAAGGUAGCACAACAAUGCAUUUGUACUAAGUCAAUUGAUGGAUCAUUUCAAGUUACCUACAUAACGGGUCAAGUAUUAUCUGUUAAUUUAGAGACAAGAACAUGUACAUGCAGAUCAUUUGAUCUAACAGGUAUACCAUGUGGUCAUGCUUUAGCUUGUUUGUGGUUUUCUAAUCUUGAUGCCUACGAAUUUGUGGAUCCUUGCUAUAAGAAAGAAGCCUUUGAAGCUACCUAUGCAAAGGGUAUUACACCAAUGCCUAGUUCUGAUGAAUGGGAAAACAAAGACAAAAAUCCAAUCCUUCCUCCACCUGAAACUGAUCCUCCUACUGAGAAGAAAAGGAAGGGUCGUCCCCCCAAGAAAAAUCCAGACCCUGAAAUUGUGAAGAGAAAUAAGAGGAGAAUGAAGCAAAUGGCAAGAGAAGCUAGUUCAUCCCAACAACCACUUAAUGCCCUGUAG